AGCAACACUGUCGUUUAUUAGGUUCAGAACUUUAUCUUUUAGGAACAAAACCCAGUGACAUUCCCUCCUAUCUCCCUCCCUCUUUCAUUUAGCUUCUUUCUUUUUUCCCCCUUCAUUCCAUAUCUAUAUGUAUAAAGCACCACGCAUAUAUAUAUGUACAUAAAAAAUAAGGUCACUGUUUAAUGUUAUCGUUGAUGAAACGCUCGAAUCCGAAGAAAGGGGUUAAACUCAGGGUUUGUAUUGGGAAAAAGAUUGAAGACACAGAAUUAUAUGGUUCUCUUUAGCUUAGAGUAUAUAUAUGUUGCUUCAAUUGGUGGUGGUCUUGGAUAUCUGGUGUACCAGGUUGGUGAUCCUUAUCUUAGGAUGAGUUGAAGCCAUCAUCAAGAGGAAUUUUUGCUAUUUCUGAGGAAGAGUGGAAGUUGCAGACCAUCUAUUUGUAAAAAGUACUGACUGAAAAUGGAUAUUGAUGAAGCUGAGAGAGUAGUUGUGGCAAAACCAGUUGCUUCAAGGCCUAAUUGUUCUACUUUCAGAUCUUUCUCUGAGCUUCUUGCAGGUGCCAUUAAUGCCUCAUCACCUCAAAUUGAAUCUUCCCAGGCAACAGUUUCUGCCAUUAGACCAAAGACAGUGAGGUUCAAGCCGGCACUGAACCGCACCCCCGCUGCGUCUGUUGCUUCUCAGGAUGACAUUUUUGAAGCUGCACUUUGUGAUUCUUCCCACAAGAGUCCUAAUUCUGACACCAAGCAGUCCCUCAUAUACAAACCAAUGGCAAAACUUGUGUCAAGGACAACAGUUUCUCUUUUGGCAAAUAUGGGAAAUUGCAGUACAAUUCAGCAACAAUCCGGGCAAUCAAUGGAGGGUGGUCUUCAUCAUAUCAGCCAUGAAAGUUUCGGAACUAAUCUGAGCUCUGAUCUUUAUCACAGUCACAGCAUUACACCACCUUCUGAAACUACUGAACCUUGUAAGAUGAUGCAACAGAACAUAGAGGAGGAUCAGAAGGCUUUAACAUCCGCAAUCAAUUGCGAUCGACCUUCUUAUGAUGGGUAUAACUGGAGGAAAUACGGGCAGAAGCAAGUGAAAGGAAGUGAGUAUCCGCGGAGUUAUUAUAAGUGCACUCAUCCUAAUUGUCCAGUGAAGAAGAAGGUUGAGAGAUCAUUUGAUGGACAGAUUGCAGAAAUUGUUUAUAAAGGUGAACACAACCAUCCAAAGCCACAGCCUCCCAAGCGCAGCGGAACAGCAGGGAUGCAAGGAUCAGGAAUGGUGCCUGAUGGAGUGGCUCAAGAUGUGUGGAGUAACAAUCACAGUGAGAGGAAUGAUAGCAGAAUAGAAAACCAGAAUGACACAGGGCUGCCUGCGAAUUCGGUUUAUGGGGUUAAAGUUUCGCAGCCUAAUGAUUCUAUUUUAAAUGCAUGUGGGAUAAGCCCAGAAAAUUCGUGUGGUCUAAGUGGGGAAUGUGAGCAAGGAAGCAAAGGAUUUGAGGCAGAGGAGGAAGAAUCUAGAAGUAAAAGAAGGAGGAAUGAGAGUCGAUCCAAUGAAGCAGCCGUGUCGGAGGAAGCAUUAAUCGAGCCUCGCAUUGUGCUGCAGAGUUCUACAGAUUCAGAGAUAAUUGGAGAUGGCUUCCGCUGGAGGAAGUACGGGCAGAAGGUGGUGAAGGGCAAUCCAUUUCCCAGAAGUUACUACAGAUGUACAAAUGUGAAGUGUAAUGUUCGAAAGCACGUGGAGAGAGCAAUAGAUGAUCCAAGAGCAUUUGUCACUACAUAUGAGGGAAAGCACAAUCACGAGAUGCCAAUCAAGAACAUCAACCCAAAUGUCCCCUCUGAGAGAGAUUCACAAGCUUCUCUUAGUAAAGACAAACCAUGAUUUUAACAUGACAAUCAAGUUUAACAAUAACACACUACUAUGAUUCAAUAGCUACUGUCUUAAAACCUAUGAAUUUGUAUUGUGGAGUCAGUGACAUACACCAUUGUAACUCUUCAAUUGUGGUGUGUUUAUCCAGUUCUGGUCUUUCUCUUUUGCACCUUUAGAUUGAAAGUAGAAAAGGUUUUGAUCAAAUUUCUUAUUUCAAUCUGAUGGUGGAAACCGAGAAGAUUAUGAGUGAACCUUGUAUGAAAAGGUUCAGCAUAAAAACACACCAUACUCUCUCUCUCUCUCUCUCUCCCUCCCUCUCUCUCUCUAUAAAAAACCUUGUAUGCUUCCACUUUAUCAUUACAUAGAUUAAUGAUUUGUUUGGAGUACAUAUAUGUCAGGUAUAUGCUAACCUUUUAUAUUGCAAAGAAAGCACGGAAGAGACCUUCAUUGUUACUAUUGGUUUGGCUAUUAGCCAUUGACACAUAAGAUAUUGUUAGUUUUUAUUUUAUGGUUGCA